AUGGAUUGCAGCAAGUCCGGUUCGCGGUCGACGUUGCUGCGCUGGCUGGAGGUGCUCGAGAAGGAGUUCGACAAGGCAUUCGUCGAUUUGGACUUAAUUUUGGGCGAAAUUGACGUCGACCAAAUGGAGCUGACUUUCGAGGGCCGCUUGAAGAUGACGGCGUUGAGCGCGUCGUUCGCCCAGCUGGUGCACAAAUCGCAGGCGAUAUUUCAGUCCAAUCUGCGCUUGGAGGUAUUGGUAUUGGUAACUGCCGGCCUGCUUCGGUCUGGUAACUUUCGUUGCGCAAUCAUUGCCUCGUUUCUGUGUUUGUUCGCUGCUCGACAGGCCUCGACAGACGGACCGAUCGAUGAACGGCUGCCGUCCGAUGGUCGAAGUCUGAGUAUCGAAGUCUGA